UCCCCUUUCCCCUUCCUUCUUCCUCCUUCCCACCUUCCUCUUCUUGUUCUUGUUCUUCUCUCUCUCUCUCUCUUUUAUAUAGAUAAGGUAGCAUAACUUGAGUUUAUAUAAGCUAGAGAAGAUGACUAUAUCGAUGGAGUACUACUGCUCGAGCCGGGUAGUGGCCGGCUUCUUACAAAAAGUGGCGGUCCUCCUGUCCUUGGUGGUGAGACGGCUCCUCCUUCCCUGCUACUGCUGGUGGUCCGGCAACGAAGAAAUUAGGGAAGCCGAUGACGCCGGAGCGGAGCAGCACCGCCGACGGCACAAUCAGCUGGCGGCGGCGCAGGCGGUGAGGGAGAGCCUCCAGGUGGCGACGUACGGGGAGGUGGCGGGGGCAGCUGGGGCGGCGGCGGCGGCGACGUGCGCGGUGUGCCUGAGCGAGGUGAGGGGGAAGGAUCGGGUGUGGGAGCUGCGGAACUGCUGCCACGUGUUCCACAAGGCGUGCCUGGACCGCUGGCUGGACCACGACGAGCACCUCACCUGCCCCCUCUGCCGGGCGCCGCUCCUCACGUCGGUGUACCGGCCGCCGGCCGCUUUCCCGCCGGCUGCGGCGGAGCCCAGCUGGGCCGUCGAGCGACUCCUCUACCUCUUCGGAGACGACCUCCUCUUUGCCCCUCCGUCGUAGGCCGCCGCUAUCUCCCUCCUCUUCAUUUUUUUUUUGCCCCCUCUUUUUUCCUUCUCCUCCGUUUUCUUGGGCCUUUUCUUUUGGGUAUACCGCUUGUCCUUGUGAUGGAGGGGCUGGAUUUUUUCGGGUGUAAGUAAAUACGGUGGAGAUAUGUUAUAUGUACGUGAUAAUAAGUUUUAUUGAAAUGUAACGGAGUUACUGUUUGUUAUAUACGCCGGAUUUCUUA